UCGUCUUCUUGUGAUUUACGCGUUCAGUUUGUGCUUUUUAAGAACCCCAAUUAGAUUCUCUCUGUAAAUCUCUCAAUUGCUCUUUUGGGUUUUUUUUCUCUCUCUCUGUAAAAUUCUUGUGUUGGUCACAGAUCGAGAAUCCACCAUGUAAUGCACAGACUCCAGCUGGGACGAAACUGGGUCUCACAAGAAAAGAAUCAUUCAUUGCACACACAUAUACAAUUUCUUUACUUUUUUUUUUCUUUUUUUUAUUAAUUAAUUUUGGGGAUUUUCUAUUUUUCUCUUAAAAAAAUUUGAAAUUUCUUAUUCUCUUGAUUUCUUUUAUAUCUAAACCCACCACUCCGUCUCUCUCUCCUUCUCUCAUAUAGACCAGUUUUUUAUUCGUUGAAGAAGUAUAGUCUAGUUUUUGUGCUGUUUUUUGGAUGGAAAUGGAAAUGGGUGCCUGAGAAAGUGGGCUAGACUUAAAGCCAGGCACCUAAGACCAAAGUGAGAGUUUCAGAGAAGGAAGGAAGGGGCUUUUGUUUUUGAGAGUGAUGAGAGAGCUUGAAGGGCUGCUUUUCUGAGCUUGGUUUCUUUUAGAUUCUGAGUUCUUUGGUUGUUUCUCUUUUGAUUCUCACUCUAAUGGAUACCAAAGGUCGACUCAUUGCUGGUUCUCACAACAGAAAUGAGUUUGUUCUCAUCAAUGCCGAUGAGGUUGCAAGAGUGACAUCUGUGAAAGAGCUGAGUGGGCAAAUUUGCCAGAUCUGUGGGGAUGAGAUAGAAAUCACCGUAGAUGGAGAGCCAUUUGUUGCCUGUAAUGAAUGCGCCUUUCCAGUUUGUAGACCUUGCUAUGAGUAUGAAAGAAGAGAGGGCAAUCAAGCUUGUCCUCAGUGCAAAACCAGAUACAAGCGUCUCAAAGGUAGUCCUCGGGUUGAAGGCGAUGAAGAAGAAGAUGAUAUUGAUGAUCUUGAGAAUGAAUUUGACAUUGCAAACAAGGAUCCUAACAGUGCAUCUGAGGCAAUGCUCUAUCCUCACCUUGCCGUUGGGCGUGGUUCUCAUGCUAAUGGUUCUGGAAAUAUGGCUUCCGACCUGGACUCUUCUUCUGUCCCGACUGAUAUACCUCUCCUCACCUAUGGGCAAGAGGAUGCUGGAAUUUCCUCCGAUAAGCAUGCUCUAAUUAUUCCUCCUUUUAUUAGCCGUGGGAAAAAGGUCCAUCCGGUGCCAUUCACUGAUUCUUCCAUGUCUGCUAAUCCAAGGCCAAUGGAUCCGAAAAAGGAUUUAGCUGUGUAUGGAUAUGGAACUGUUGCAUGGAAGGAAAGAAUGGAAGACUGGCGGAAGAAACAAAAUGAAAGACUUCAAGUAAUUAAGCAUGAGGGUGGCGGUGGGAAAGGUGACGAUGAGCUCGAUGAUACAGAUUUGCCUAUGAUGGAUGAAGGGAGACAACCACUCUCCAGAAAACUGCCUAUCCCCUCAAGCAAGAUAAACCCAUACAGAAUGAUAAUUGUACUUCGUAUUGUCAUCCUUUGCCUCUUUUUCCACUAUCGUAUUCUUCAUCCUGUCCAUGAGGCUUAUGGGCUGUGGUUAACAUCAGUAAUCUGUGAGAUAUGGUUUGCUGCAUCAUGGAUAUUGGAUCAGUUCCCAAAAUGGUGCCCCAUUGUUCGAGAAACUUACCUUGAUCGGUUAUCGUUAAGGUACGAAAAAGAUGGCAAGCCAUCGGAAUUGGCUUCGAUAGACGUUUAUGUCAGUACAGUGGAUCCAAUGAAGGAGCCUCCUCUCAUCACAGCAAACACUGUCCUGUCUAUUCUUGCUGUCGAUUAUCCUGUAGACAAGGUUUCGUGCUAUGUUUCUGAUGAUGGUGCUGCCAUGCUUACUUUUGAAGCCCUUUCGGAAACUUCUGAGUUUGCAAGAAAGUGGGUUCCUUUCUGCAAGAAGUUCAAUAUUGAACCUCGGGCCCCAGAAUGGUAUUUUGCCCAGAAGGUCGACUAUUUGAAAGACAAAGUUGAUCCAACAUUUGUUAGAGAACGACGUGCAAUGAAGAGAGACUAUGAAGAAUUUAAAGUUCGUAUCAAUGGGCUUGUUGCUAUGGCUCAGAAAGUUCCUGAAGAUGGGUGGACAAUGCAGGAUGGAACUCCAUGGCCCGGGAACAAUGUUCGGGAUCAUCCUGGAAUGAUUCAGGUAUUCCUCGGUCAAAAUGGUGUUCGUGACUUGGAGGGAAAUGAAUUACCUCGUCUAGUGUAUGUAUCUCGUGAGAAGAGGCCAGGAUUUGAUCACCACAAGAAAGCCGGUGCCAUGAAUUCUUUGGUGCGUGUCUCGGCAAUUAUCUCAAAUGCUCCAUACAUUUUGAAUGUCGAUUGUGAUCACUACAUCAACAACAGCAAGGCUCUUAGAGAAGCAAUGUGCUUCAUGAUGGACCCAAUUUCGGGAAAAAGAAUAUGCUAUGUGCAGUUUCCACAAAGAUUUGAUGGGAUUGAUAGGCAUGAUCGAUACUCAAAUCGAAAUGUUGUAUUCUUUGAUAUCAACAUGAAAGGAUUGGAUGGUAUUCAAGGGCCAAUAUACGUUGGAACAGGAUGUGUCUUUAGGAGGCAAGCUCUUUAUGGGUAUGAUGCCCCUGCUAAGAAGAAAGCACCAAGAAGGACAUGCAACUGUCUUCCAAAAUGGUGCUGCUGUUGCUGUGGAACUAGAAAGAAGACUAAAACAAAGACCAGUGAUAAAAAGAAAUUAAAGACCAAAGAUACUUCGAAACAGAUUCACGCACUUGAAAAUAUUGAAGAAGGAAUCGAAGGAAUAGAUAAUGAAAAAUCAUCUCUGAUGCCCCAAGUUAAGUUUGAGAAGAAGUUUGGGCAAUCACCAGCAUUCAUUGCUUCCACACUCAUGGAAGAUGGUGGUGUGCCAGGAGGAGGGACUUCUGCUUCAUUGUUGAAAGAAGCCAUACAUGUAAUCAGUUGCGGUUAUGAAGAUAAAUCCGAGUGGGGUAAAGAGGUUGGGUGGAUUUAUGGGUCUGUUACAGAGGAUAUUUUAACAGGUUUCAAGAUGCAUUGCCAUGGAUGGAGAUCAGUUUAUUGCAUUCCUAAAAGGGCAGCAUUCAAGGGUUCAGCUCCUAUUAACUUGUCUGAUCGUCUACACCAAGUUCUUCGUUGGGCUCUUGGGUCGGUUGAAAUUCUGUUGAGUAGGCAUUGUCCAAUAUGGUACGGCUAUGGAUGUGGUUUGAAGUGGCUUGAGCGUUUCUCAUACAUAAACUCCGUUGUGUAUCCAUUGACGUCAGUUCCACUCAUCGCUUAUUGUACACUCCCAGCCGUCUGCCUGCUUACAGGGCAGUUUAUUGUACCCGAGCUAAGCAACUAUGCCAGUAUUAUUUUCAUGGCACUUUUCAUCUCUAUAGCAGCAACGGGUAUCCUAGAAAUGCAGUGGGGAGGUGUCGGGAUCCAUGAUUGGUGGAGAAACGAGCAGUUCUGGGUUAUUGGUGGUGCUUCGUCUCAUCUUUUUGCACUUUUCCAGGGUCUGCUAAAGGUGUUGGCUGGUGUUAACACAAAUUUCACUGUCACAUCCAAAGGAGGAGACGAUGGGGAGUUUGCCGAGCUUUACCUCUUCAAAUGGACAUCAUUGUUGGUCCCUCCCUUGACCUUAUUGAUCAUAAACAUUAUCGGAGUGGUUGUCGGAAUUUCAGAUGCCAUCAACAAUGGCUACGACUCAUGGGGUCCGCUCAUUGGUAAGCUGUUCUUUGCAUUCUGGGUGAUUGUCCAUCUGUAUCCAUUCCUCAAGGGUUUGAUGGGGAAGCAAGACAAGGUACCAACUAUUAUCAUUGUGUGGUCAAUCCUUCUAUCAUCUAUUUUGUCGCUUUUAUGGGUCCGAAUCAACCCCUUCCUCGAUAAGGGUGGCAUUGUGUUGGAAGUUUGCGGGUUAAAUUGUGACGACUAAGAUGCCGAAAUAUACACGACAUGAAGGAUUACGGGUAGGAGUUGUGUUUCUAAUUUGUACGAUUGAGCGUGGGGACUCACUAGUCUUGAACAUGCAUUGAAUAGAAUACGGUAACGGUACUCCACCCGAGAAUGCAAAGCAUGAGUCAAAAGAAAGAUGAGUUGCAAAAGGCUACUUGUCCUGGAUUGUAGAUAUGGAGGAAUUUGCAUAUCACACAUCAUCAAAAUAUUUGUUCUCUCUGCAAACUUUGUUAUUGAUUCUUUUUUUCUUCUUCUAUACAUGGUUUUUUAUUUUGUGGAAGGGACUGUAAUUUAUAUUUUGUGUCUGAAAUCCAAGAGCACAUAAACAUAAAGAAAGGAGGUGGGUGUUAGUUUGAUUCUUCAUAAAUUUAUCCCUUCUCAACAAAGGGAUUUCCCAUUCCCUUAGGUGGUUUUGUCAAGAUUAAGAUUAUUGUUGUUGUAUCCUUAUUUGUUGUUUGUAAAUCUCUCUUCACCCAAUCAGGGUUCAGUUUUCUUCUUCUUCUUCUUUUUAAUUUAUGGUUUCAAUUUUAAACUAUGAAAUUCUGCCUUGUUGUAAUCACAAUAAUUAUAGUUGUCAUCUUAAUGCAAUAAUGGAGGGCUUCCUUGCAUCCCUUCUAGACCA